AUGUCAAAAUUUAAUCCUUUAUGUACAAUUAUUGUUACAAUAAUUGAAGGUAAAUAUUUUCCACAAAAUCCUAACGCAAAACUUUUUGUUGAAUGUAGAUUUACAGAUGAAGUAUUAUCAACAAUAAGCCCUGAUUCAAAUUCAAUCUUAUCGACUGAUUCUGUUGAUCAAAGUUCUUUUCCAAUAUGGGACACUGAACUUGCAUGGGAAGUUGAUCAAAAAACUCUACAUACUUUACGUUUACAAUGGGCGCAUUUGAAAUUACAAUCUGCUGCUGACAGGCCUGGGAAAGAGAAAUGGAUCUCCCUAUUAAAUUCUAGAUCUCAUGGAUUACCUCCCGAAAUAAAAAUAAGUUUUUGUAUUUUGUCAAAUAUAUCUCCCCCAUCUACUCCCAUUACUACUAAUUAUGUGGCUAGCCCAAUACCGAGUAAAUUUGUGGGUUUAUUUGAUUCUAAAACUGGUGAACCUCGUUCUCUGGAUAGGGUUUGUCCUAUGUAUAAUGCUAAAAGAGAAAUGCCCGUUUCUGCUGAUGUACAAACUGCUAGAAUCGGACUUUUUCUUACUAUAAAACGGAUUGAGAAUGAUAAUAAUAACUUCAAUCAUGUUAAUGAUAUUAGAACCUUUUCAUUGGGCAAUAAUAAUAAUGUUAUCCGUGAACAAAAUAAUGAACAUAAAUUUCGAGUUGUAAUUGAUUUGGAAUCCAUUAACCUAAACAAAUCAUUCAAAAACAUUUAUAUUAAAUAUAGUUAUCCAUCUUUAGGAAUAACGCAUAAUAAAUUCACACAAUCACAUUCCCCUAUUAUCGAACCGAAUCAAGAUGUGAAAUUGAUUAGUGGCACCAAUACGAUUGACGUUACAAUGACACAUCAACGUCUACAAAGAUACUUUGAAGUUGCGCCUUUGUUAAUGGAAGUAUGGCAACAACAACAGCAAACGCAAACUAUAGUAGAUCAAAAAAAUGAUAUACAAAUUGGAGUUGCAAAUCUACGAUUAGAGGAAGUAUUUUUAUCACAAACAACUAAAGAUGAAGAUGGUAAAGCCGAUGUUAAAAAAUUUAGCACUUUGGCUCCAAUAAAAUCUGUUGAAAUAUUUAAGCAAGCAGAUGAACAUAUAAGAUUUACUCAAAAAGUUCUUUCAGGAAAUAAAAAAAAUAGUAAAAAACUUGAUGAAAGUCUACAACGUGGUGAGAAAGAUAUCAAAUAUCGAUGGUUGGAACUUGAUAGACAAUUUGAAAUGAAAAGAGCAGAAUUGGAAAAAAAUUAUGAAAAAGAAAAACUAUUAAUAAAAUCUAAUGCGAAUAAUGAAGAAUUGGUUAAAGAUCUGAAAAAAGAAAUCGAACAACUUAAGAUUCAAUUAAAUUCUGAAACAUUUGCUAAAAAUCAUUACGAAUCACAAUGGUUAAAAUCAUUACAGGUGAUAGCAGGCACAGACGGUGAUAACAAUAAUGGUGAUGGUAAUGAUGAUGAGAACUUGUUUUGGAAUGAAUUACAAGAGAUUGAUCAGUGCUGGUCGCAAGUUAGAAGAAUGACUGAAGAAGAAACAGUGAUUUUGAAUCAUGAAAAAUUUGUUUUAAAUAUACUCAAAGAACAAUUAAAAAAAUUAAAUGUUUAA